UGAUGAAUGACAAGUUUAUUGUUGUCUUCUCUACAUAAUUCUUAUUUAUAAAAUUAAAAAUAAAAGAAUUGCAUGUAUAUGCCACACGUUUUAAAUGUUCCACGUACAUAAAAGUAAAUCAAAAUAUUAAUGCAGAGUAAAUGCGUCGAGUAUUAUGUAUUUAUAGCAAAUAAAAAGUGGAUCUGCAUCUUAAUUACUUCGAUUUUGGUUAUGGCUUUUGACUGGUUGGUUUUAAUAAAAAAAAGUGUUAUAAAAAGUUAAUUGUUUAAACUUGAUUGAUUGGCGUCAGUCAAACAGUAUUAUAACAUGAACUGGCAGUUUUUAUUGAAGUUAUUGGCUUUAAUGCAAAUAUUCAAAUUAUCUGAGAAUAGUCAUGUACAAUUGGCUAAACAGCAUUUACAAACGGAAGUUAAUGCUUCAAUAGGUCAUUUACCAUCACCGUCACCGCCACCAUUAGCAGCCGUAAGUUCUUCAAGUGCACACCCUUUUUAUCACCAUCAUCUACAUAAAAGACACAGUCAACAGUUUGGCCCGCCUCUACCGCCAUCACAACAGCGUCAAUAUCAUCAGCAUUGGCAGAGAAAUGGCCAAAGAGCUGAACGUCGUCACUAUCGUCUGCAUCAUCAUCGUCCACAUAAUAGAUGGGUGCCGCGUCGUCAUCACCAUCAUCACCAUUCGCAUGCCCAGUAUACCCCUUGGACAGCUUGGUCACCCUGUUCGCCGGAGUGUUUACAACGCAGAGAACGUUAUUGCAAAACGAAACGGAAAUGCGGUCAUAUUAAACAUAUAGAGGAACGCAAAUGUUGGCGAUGUCAUCCCGCUUGGCCAGCAACGUCAAGCAGUCUACCGCCACAUGCAGUCCAACAGCAACAACAGCAGCAGCAGCAACAACAAUCACAACAAGUCAACAGUGGAACACCAACAAUUGUUAUCAAUGCGGCUGCAGCAGCCGCCACUGCACCAGUUUCAGCAACAAGUGCAAUCACACAGCCAGAAUCUCACCAUCAUCAUGAUCAACAACAACAUCCCACACCAGAAAUUGUACUACCCACUGAGUUGAACAACAUACAUCAUCCUGUUACAAUUCAUCCACACGAUUUAGAUGAAGACGACGAAGAUCAUCAUGCAACAUCGCAUUUCAAAGAUGACACCAGUGAUGAUUACGAUGAUGAAGACAAUGACGAGACAGACUUUUAUAUUGUAAAGACUAAGAGAAAAAGAAAACAUCACCAUAAACGGAAGCCUCAAUUGAAUGAAUUUGAGGAUUAUUUGGAGUAUGGUGAAGUAGCUGGUGGCCUGACAUCUAAAGAACAGCAACAAGAUGAUCUCAGAGAUUUGGGUUUGGCCACAUCAACCGAGCUCUUAGAUCCCUCUAGUAGUGAAGUGAGAUCAAUUCAAAAUCAGAAAUUUCUACCUUCUACUUCAGCCAAUCAGCUACGUUCCAUGAGACAGAGGGAAAAGAAGAGAUCUAGAGGUCAUCGUCAGGGCAGGCAUAAUUCAAGACGAAAUUUGAAGGGUGCUGUGGGCGUAUACGAUGAUGGUGCCAUUGAGGGUGAUGUAUUUCAAUAUGAAGAUUUCGAUAUCGAUAUAAGUCGUGCCGAACAUCAAUAUGGUGAUGUCUCGUAUGAGGAUCCGGUGGAUGAGGAUGCGGGAAAUUCUUCGAAUUUAACACCCUCAAAAGAGCGAGCAACACCAGAGCAUUUAAUACCAAAACAUAGACGCAUAUAUUCCAAAUGGAGCAGAUGGACGAAAUGUUCGCCGAAGUGUACAACGAGAAGAUAUAAAAAAUGUCGCGUUCGCGAGCAGUGUGGCCGCGAGGUUUUACGUGAAAUUGCCUACUGCUAUACCGAAGGAAGCUUUUGCCAACAAUGGCUGCAGGCACAGGUACAAAAGUCUCCGUCCUACGACAUGAGACCGGUGGCCACACGUCGCCGUGACAUAAGCGAUGAUGGUGGCACUCUCUCCAAUUCUAUAGGCGGUACCCUUAGUGAUUUUAUUAUGAAUGGCAAGGGUUAUCGUGGACCUGAAUACACACCGAUGAAAUUGAAAUGUGGCAUUGCACCGAUACGUAGCAAUAAACGUAACAUGUAUAAUAUGCUGAAAAUUAUUGGUGGCAAGGCGGCACGCAAGGGUGAAUGGCCGUGGCAAGUGGCGAUAUUUAAUCGAUAUAAGGAAGCCUUUUGUGGCGGUACUUUAAUAGCACCCCAAUGGGUGUUGACGGCAGCUCAUUGUGUGCGCAAAGUAUUGUAUGUGCGCAUAGGAGAACAUAAUUUAGACUAUGAAGAUGGCACUGAGAUGCAAGUAAAAGUGCUGAAAAGUUUCAAACAUCCCAAUUUUGACAAGAAAACGGUGGACAGUGAUGUGGCCCUAUUAAAACUUCCCAAACCCAUUAACGGUACUACAUGGAUAGGUUUCUCUUGCCUGCCACGGCCCUAUCAACCUUUGCCCAAGAAUAUGGAUUGCACGGUCAUAGGUUGGGGUAAACGGCGCAAUCGUGAUAUAGCAGGCACUAGUGUGCUGCAUCAGGCCGAGGUGCCCAUCAUACCCAUGGACAAUUGUCGUUCGGUGUAUCAUGAUUACACAAUAACGAAGAAUAUGUUUUGUGCGGGCCACAAACGAGGACGCAUCGACACAUGUGCCGGUGAUUCAGGAGGUCCUCUACUAUGUCGCGACACCACAAAACCCAAUCAUCCCUGGACCAUAUUUGGCAUAACAUCGUUCGGUGAUGGCUGUGCGAAACGUAAUAAAUUUGGUAUUUAUGCCAAAGUACCCAACUAUGUUGACUGGGUAUGGUCGGUCAUUAAUUGCAAUGGCAAUUGUAAAAUGCAUCAACGUUCGACCUAAGAA